AGCUGGUGCUGCCGCUUCAGUGCUGGGGGGAGGCCGGGCCGGGCCGGCAGCCAAGCGUGGGAGCGGUGGGAAACCUGAGCCUCUGGGCUGGCAGCUUGGGGGCGAGGGUGGUGACCCCUUGGGGCGGGGGUGCCUCGGGCGAGGGGCCUUGCCGCGAGCGCAGGGGCCUCGUCGGGCUCAGUGGCCGCUGCCUCACUUGACGCCGGGGCGCCCCUGCGAGCCGCGCUGCCGGGCACUGGCUCUCGGCCGUGAGGAUGCUGCCGGGCCGCGUCGGGCCAGGCUUCCCGAGGCCUGCCGGAAGGCUUGUUUUCCCUUUUGCCGUACCGCCGUCUGUCUCGGUGCUGUUCCGGGCCCGCCUGACCUCGCAAGAAUGUCAGAAGGGGACAGUAUUGGUGAGUCUGUUCAUGGAAAGCCGUCCAUGGUCUAUAGAUUUUUCACAAGGCUUGGACAGAUCUACCAAUCCUGGUUAGAUAAAUCUACUCCAUAUACUGCAGUGCGAUGGAUUGUAACUUUGGGCCUGAGUUUUAUCUACAUGAUCAGAGUUUAUUUACUGCAGGGUUGGUACAUUGUGACAUAUGCCUUGGGAAUCUACCAUCUAAAUCUCUUCAUAGCUUUCUUGUCACCAAAGGUAGACCCCUCUUUAAUGGAGGAUUCAGAUGAUGGUCCUUCCUUACCUACAAAGCAAAAUGAAGAAUUUCGGCCUUUCAUUAGAAGGCUCCCAGAGUUUAAAUUCUGGCACUCUGCCACUAAAGGCAUCCUGGUUGCUAUGGCAUGUACAUUCUUUGAGGCUUUCAACGUUCCUGUUUUUUGGCCAAUCCUUGUGAUGUACUUCAUUAUGCUGUUUUGUAUCACAAUGAAGAGGCAAAUCAAGCAUAUGAUAAAAUACAGAUAUAUACCCUUCACACAUGGCAAGAGGAAAUACAAAGGGAAAGAAGACGUAGGAAAGACCUUUGCUAGCUAGAAGAUGCAAUCAACCUGUUGACAAGUUCCGCUUAUACAUAAAGGAACAGUUUUGAGCCAUUGUAACAAUGCCUUUUUUCUUCAUAUAAAGUGAUUAAGAGGGUGGUGACAAAGCAGUUGAAUUUUCAUUUUAUGAGAAUCUUGCUAUUUUUAUCUGAACUAUCGGUUUCUUGAAGAAACUGGCAUUCUAACCAAAUUGCAUUGAGUUUAGUAUCUUUUCUAAGAGUUGGAGGAACUUUUGAUAGUCCCAUGGAUUUGGGAUAAGGUAUUUCUUUUAAGAUCCAUUGAAGCUGCCAUGACGCUGGGGAGAUUAAUGGCUUAGACUUGGAUAUUUUUACAUAGUUCUCCUGCUUACUGUGACCCUGAAGUGCUGUGCACAUAUGUGGAGGAAAAAAAGUAAGGUGGCACACAUGAUGCUGUUUUCUGCUUCAUGGAUAUGUGCUAUUUUCAUACAAAAGUCAAGUAGACAUCAAUAGAUGCAGAAUUUAAGCCAGUUUGAUAAAUGCAUGGUAUUACUGAGUUAUAACCAAAUAUAAAUAGGAAUAAGAAAUUUGUUAAAUUAUGGGUUUGGCAGCAGGGAAAAAUAUAUGUAUAACUUCUGAAGUAACUCAUUUGUGUAGGGUUUUAAUGCCAGUUUCACCCUGACAUCUCAUAGCAGAUGCUAGAAUUGGGCUCUUUCAUGAUGACUCAAAACUUUGUUCAAAAUUUGUCACAAUUUCUUUUGAGGACCUGGAAUUAUAAAUAUAUAUUAUAUUUUAAUUGUUAUUAGCUGGAGAAUAUUUUGUCUCAUUUCUUUCGUACGUAAGGAUUUCUUGGUUAAUUUAAGUUGACUUUAUGCAGCCCUUUCAGAUCAUACCCAAAUUGGCCAUAGCAGAGAAGCUUUACAAGCUUUACCCAGUUUUUCAUUUUCUAUGGAAAAAAUUUAGAGAUAGAUAAAUGACCUGCAUGUAAACUUUUUGAUGUGAUACAACUGCAGUUUUAUUAAGUGACUUUUUAAUUCCAAAGUUUAUUAAAAGAUAGUGUCCCCCUUUCUUGUCCUUUAUUAAUCUUAUACAUAUAAUAAUCCAAUGGUGGUUAUAGAUCCUUUUCAGUUAUGGUUACCCUUAAAAUUUGUCUUCAUGUAACACCUUUUCUUAGCUCUUUGAGGAGCAUUCACGUUACAUUUGCAGAAGAUAGGAGAAAAGAUAAGCCCUUUGAAGAUUCUGAAUGGAGAGUAGCGGCAGCUUCAACAGACAGCUAAUUGGAAAAUGUAUUUAAGAGCUGUUUCAAUUGACUUUGUCAAAUGAAGUAACUGUGGAGCCCUGUGAUUCAGCCUUCAAUAAUCCUGGAAAAAAAUGAGAGUUUUAGUUAACAUUGGCCUAUUUUUUUGUUAGCAUUAUGGAAACUAGUAAUGUGUGUGAAACUUUAAAAUUAUGGAAAUACAGUAGCUAGAAAGGGCCUUAUAAAAAUACCAGUCAUGGAUGCUUGCAGUUCAUUGCCUAAAAUCUGAAAGCCCUGACUUGCAGAAGCUGUCUUUAGGCUUGCUGGAGUUCCUGAAUAUAUGGUGAAUCAGGGAGAAAAACAGAAAUUGUUUAUUUUUAUUGUUGUUAAAAUUAGCAACUGGGAUGACCCCCAUUGAACAAUGGGGUGUUAGGAUAGCCUUUGCAAAUUAGAAAUGCAUUCCUCCAUUUGCUUUUUUUCUUCAGUGGGAGCUUGUGAUGAAUGCCUUCUCAUUCUUAGGUAGGCAUAGCUGUUCUGCAUCCAGUGGGACUAACAGUUUUCAAAUGCAAAUUGUAGUUGAAGUUGGGACAAAGGCAGAGUGUAGUUCCCUAGCUGAUUCUCAGCAUGCAGUGGCCAGACAGGUUGGAGGGCAUUUUGCUAAACUUUGGUCUAUUUUUAUCACUUUGUGACUUACUGCUUAUGACUGAUACGAGUUUUUAUCACUCAUAAGUGAUAAAAAUUAAAUUAUUCUUACAGAAUGCAUGAUAAACUUGGCUGGGCAACUUCACAGCAAUUUCCUAAUCAUUGAUCACUUCCCAUUUGUUUUUACGUGCAGUUAAAUGUCUGGCAGUGAUUCCCUUAGCUGCUCGUGUUUUGAGUCCUGAUGUGGACCAUUUUCUUCCAUUGUGCCUUGACAGUUUGAGGCAUGUGGGGCAGUGCUGAAAGUUUUUUAGUGCAAGAAAGGGAAGGUAUUUCAACUCUGAAAAUCACUGUUUCAUGAAGUAAUACUGAAAUCUUGGCAUAGUUGCAUAUCAGCAAUUGUUCUUUUUUUUUUCUGGCACUUAUAUGUAUGAUGUAAAGUUAAAAAAUUUUAUUGGAGACUUCAUGGUAACACUUUAAUAUUGCAAUGUUAACUAGCUAACCAGGAUCCCUGCAGUGUGUGUGUGUAUGUGUAUAUAUAUAUAUAUAUAUACACACACACACACAUAUAUACAUAAAAAAUUAAGACAAGUGCUCUUACUGUCAGAUUCCACCCCCCCCCAAGUCCAUAUUUGGUGCCAAUUCAGUGCCAUUAGUGAAAGUCUUACUGAAACUGCAAAUUACAAUCCACAAAAAGUGGAUCAUCUGGAUUUCCUGCCCCAUCUGAAUUUAAAGAAUAUAAAUAACUGUUUUGUAUGUUUUCUAUUAUGCAAUAAUGAAGACAUGCUAACAUUUGAAUAUCUUCUUUUUCCCUGCUGCUCUGAAUACUUUUAUGAGUGAAUUAAAUGGGAAUAAAACUUGCAAGGUGA